GGUCUCAGCAGAAGCAGGGGCCGCAAUCGACAACCAUCGGGAACCCGUGCGGACGCCAGCCAGGUGCGCGAAGCCCGCGUGGGUCGCCGCACACGCCAGGUGCGCGGGCGCCACGUUGGGCCACACGUCGCCCCCCCCCCAUCCCCGUCAAAACCAAUUGCAAGUGACGGCGGCUUUGCCAGCAUCGUCUAUUUGGUGUGGGUGUUCCCGCGCAGUCACUCGGCAAUUGUUUCUGUCAGGGAUUGUGGGCCUGCACGGCACGCAGCGUGCCGUGUGCUGCCACCCUCCUUCGCCGCCCCUUUGCAAAGGGAACUCUGAAUUCUUGGUUGAAUCGGAUGGUGGGCCUGCACGCAGCAGGCAAUAUGCAGGCCCCCCCCAAAAAAACCUCUGCAACGUGAUCGUAGGGCGUUCUUCUAUGAUCCAGAUAUUGGUGCAAAGUGGCAGUGGUAGGCCCUUCGCCGACGGGGAAUAGGGGGGGGGUAACAGAACGAUCUCCCCAAACCACCUCCGCCCAGAGGGCUGGUGGGAUUUGGUGUUCUGGUGACUUCGUGCUUGUGGAGGAUGGGCGCUCCUGCAUGUCCUACGUGGACCCGAGCAAGCUUUGUGGGGACGGGGACAUCGAGACCUACGAGCUGCACGAGCCGCAGCAACCAAGCGCCUUGGCACCCAAAGCGAAAGCCAUGAGCGCCCUGGGCUCGUCCAGGUCGGACGCCGUGAGCUGCCAGGACGACGCCGGCAGCGAGGCCUCGUGGCUGAGCUCUCUGAUGCCGAUACGGCCCAGGGAACGUCCGCGUCCCGACUUCAACGGGGUCUGGCUCUGCCGCGCUGCCACGGGCGACGUCGACGACUUCCUGCGAGACCUUGGCAUUGAUCACGCCACGCGGGCCGCCGCUUCCGAGGCCAACUACGGCGUCGGCCACGCACAGAUUACGAUCGGGCAGGCGGACGAGCAUUUCGUCAUGAAGCCGGCUGGCACCAACGGCUUCACGCAGAGAUUCAUAGUGAACGGUCGUCCGCAGGUCACCGAAGGUAGCAUGGGCCCAUCGUGCUUGGUGCCCUCGUGGGAAGGUGACGUCCUCAGGUUGGAGGUGGACCGGAUUGUCACCAGGAAGUAUCGCAUUAGUGGCCAAUCCAUGGUAUGCGAGGCGACGUCAGCUGGAGGAGCCAGUGCCACAUGGCACUACAGCAGGAAACUCUAGAUCACCUGCACUCGAUCAGCCAUGCGAACUGUUAUGUACUCGUCAUGAUUUUCUCCAUCAGUGUGCCCUUAGUGUGUAGGUUCCAAGCUUGCGUAGUAGGCAGGCGUGUCGCUUUGGAGCAGUGGACGGGUCGUGUCCUGGGCUGGAGAGGGUGUAGCAGAA